GUUUGGUGUGAGGUGCUUGUCACCGUUCGUUGCAUCCUGGGCAGUUAACACGGUUAGUAGUUAAUGGCCUAGCAGCUCUGCUGGCAGCCAUCUGACACCUGGUCAGUGACAUCACAGUCAAGAUGGCAUCGCGACCCAAUCCGGCCGCCAAGCUAGCCGAGAUGAGCCGACAGCAGGCCCUGAUCGAGCAGAAGCGGCGCGAGAUCGAGGCGCGCCGACUGGCUGCUGCCGGCGGCGGCGCGAGCGGCCCGGCUGCCGCCGCCGGCAGGGGUGGACCCUCGGCGGCCAGCGGCUCGCUGGCAGCGGAUGGGCCGUCGGUAGCCAGCCUCAGCGCCAGCAGCAGCGCACGGCGCCUCUUCGAGGCACACAAGCAGAGCUUCCGCCCAGCGCCUAAGAGGCCUGCCAACACGGAAUCGGCCCCUCCAGCUCCCAAGCUCAGUCCUGCCAACGCGUUUGAAAAUGACGGCAGCUUUAUGGAAAUGUUUCGGCAGAUGCAAAAAGCCCACGCGGCCGCGCGGGCGCCGCUGCCGCCGGCUGGCCUGGUCACGGCGCCCAUGGUGACCCCGGUGGCGCUGGUCAACAAGUCGCCGGAGCUGAUAGCGUACGCCAAGCGCGUGUUCGGCAACGUGGACCUGAUGACUGAUGACCAGUGGAGACAGUGUCAGGACCAGAUGAAGAUGAACGUGCUGCUGCAGGACAUUCAGAAGAAGAAGGCGGAGGCCGAGCGGCUCGAGCGCAAGGGCAAGGUCAAGUACGACUACGACUCGGACGAGGAGACCGAAGGUGGCACCUGGGAGCACAAACGGCGCCAGGCUGAGAUGACCGAGACACACGCCAAGGCCGAGGAGCUGACCCAGAUGAACGAGGGCAAGCAUCACAUCGGCGACUUCCUGCCGCCCGACGAGCUGGAGCGCUUCAUGGAGAAAUGGCGCGCGCUGAAGGAGGACCGCGAGCCCGACAUGUCCGACUACCGCGAGUUCCGCAUCAAGGAGGACAACAUGGGCUUCCAGAUGCUGAAGAAGAUGGGCUGGACGGAGGGCUCCGGCCUGGGCUCGGACGGCAGCGGUAUCACGGCACCCAUCAGCCAGAAGCGCACGCUCGACCCGGCCGGCGUCGGCGCCAGCUCCCAGGCCGACGUCAGCAAGGAGGACGACGAGUUCGAGGCCUAUCGCAAGCGCAUGAUGCUCGCCUACAAGUUCCGCCCCAACCCGCUCAACAACCCGCGGCGCGCGUACUACUGAGGGCGUGCGACCAGUGCCCGGAC